GGAAGCGGAAACAAAAGAGGUUUCACAAAAACACAAACACAUCUCCGGUUGUCGAAGUACACAGGGAAUAACCAACAGCCAUUGAAUUCUUCAACGAUAAUAUUAAAAUUAAACUAAAGAGCGAGUCGGCACGAGUUGAGCAGCAAACUGCAUCCGUCAACAUGGCGCUGAAAAGAAUACAGAAGGAGCUGCAUGACCUGCAGAGAGACCCUCCAGCACAGUGCUCUGCUGGACCCGUGGGUGAUGACUGGGGAAAGGGAAGGUGGCCAGCCCAGAAGUCAUCGACAGCUUUGUGGACACGGGUGACUGACCUUUUAAGUGUUUCAUUGGCAGGCGACCAUAAUGGGUCCGGGUGACAGCCCUUACCAAGGAGGAGUUUUCUUCCUCACAAUCCACUUCCCCACUGACUACCCAUUCAAGCCACCAAAGGUAGCAUUUACAACUAAGAUUUAUCACCCAAAUAUAAACAGCAAUGGCAGUAUCUGUUUGGACAUUCUACGGUCCCAGUGGUCUCCGGCAUUAACAGUGUCUAAAGUUUUAUUGUCCAUAUGUUCGUUGCUUUGUGAUCCAAACCCAGACGACCCCUUAGUUCCAGACAUAGCACAUAUGUACAAGAACGACAAAGUCAAAUACAACAAACUAGCAAAAGAUUGGACCCAAAAGUAUGCCAUGUAAAAAAAUGAAUAAUACCAUGCUGAGAAUUUUUAUUUUUCCUUUCUUUUUUGAGGUCACAACACACUGUAAAUUAUAGUAAGUAAUCAUGUGUAACUUCCAUCUCAAUGAACUGUAGUCAAAAAAAAGUUAUUGAUCGGAGAACAUUCCUUUUUUUUGGGAAGCAUGAUGAGAAAGAUUGCCUAUGUUCCUUUCAUGGAGACCGCCAUUUCAAAGUUUGGCAUUAUAGUUUUUGUUGACAUUUAUGCCUAACACAAGUUGCUUUACAGCAUUUUUUAAGUCAAACUAUUGGAUUGUGGGACAUAACAACAAGCCUUCUGGUCAGAGGAGCUGAGUGCAGCAAGAUAGCGGACAUGUUGGACAACCGGGAAGUCCCAGAGAACCAUGGGAUGUGGGAGGGUCAAUGCCAAAUAUGUAAGCCCCUCAUACUCACACAUGUCAUGUCGUCGGAGAAGCAGGGCUUUUUUUACUUUAUUGUUUUUUACUUUAUAGUUAUUUUGCAUCAUGUAGCUGAAAUUACCCUGUAAAUGGGAACGUAUUACUGUCACUUUUCUGCUUCUCCUUUCCUAUUAUUGUUGUGAUUUGUAUAGUAUUAAAAAAUAAUUUAAAUGAGUUGAAAAUUAGUUCAAAUUACAGUGUAAAUCUAUCAUUAAAAUUAUGUCCUCAUUCACACUGAGAAUAGAAGUGACGUUGGCUUUACACAGGCAUGAGUGUCAGAUUGUCAACCCUAAGGGUUAAAUGUGUUCUUCUCCUCUCUGUCUUUAUUUCUGUCUUUGCUAUUGAAAUUGUCCAAAUCCAAUGUAGUGCUUCUGUGUGCACCGAAAACUGAGGGGCACCUUUUCUACUCAUUAAAGAAUGGUACCGUUUUUAUCA